AUGCUCCAAAACGCCGUAAAAAUUUUCUGGAUCGACCUGAAGUACCCGCAGGAGAAGAAGAAGCAAGCCGCGGCGGUGCCGAUCCAGAAAAAGAGUAUCCCCAAGGUGGUCGUCACGCAACCCUCAAACGGCAACCUCUUCCCCAGACCCUCGGUCUCCAGCUCGUACGGCUCCGAGAUGGGCAACUAUCAGAAGACGAACUGUUGCUGCUGCAGUAUACUG